CUUCCUGUCCCACCCACAUUCCCGUGCCGCUUCCGAGUGGUUGCUCCACACAAGAUUUCAACCAUAGAGUCGUUAUCUCUACGUUGUAAACAAAAGUUACAGAACGGUUUACUCUCCAUCAUAUUUUCAGCAAAAAGACAUGCAUAUCAAAUCCGCUCCAUGGGAACUCAGCAACACUGUAUGUGAGUCAGACAGCCUGUGUGAUCAACCAGUCCUCGUGUCAGCACCCAACUCCGAGCCCCACAUCCGUAACCGCCGCUUGUCUCCUGGUUCUGGCAGCAGCGGAGGUGGUGGAGGCGGAGGCUGCAUCUCUAAAAGCUCCCAGUCGCCCAAACAGCCCUCACCUCAGGGCGAUCCCACCCACCCAGGCCACGCGCACGCCCUCAGCUUCCGCAAGGAAAAGGAGCGCCGAGGCCACCAGCACAAAGGCCGCGGCGUCCGCAGGGAGAGCCCGAAGGGGGUCGCCCGAGCCGACGAGCGCCCGUGGGCGGAGCACGACCUGUCGCUGCUCAAGCCCCCGCCUGCCUUCCCGGUGCAGGACAGCCCUGCCAAGCUGCAGCCAGCUGUGAGCUACGCUUCCAAGGUGAAGGCAGGAGCUGCAGGUGGCGCUCUGGAGGAGGACCGGCCCGCCAUCAACGUGCUGCUACAGAACCAGUGGGGUCUAAGUUUUAUCAGCGAGGGGGGCGGCCCUCACCCCGCUGCUGAUGGCCCCCCGCCAACAGACGCUACACACACAGCAGACCCUCACAGCACAGCUCUCACAGAAGAAGGUCCCCUUCCCGUCACUACCUCCUGCCUGCUCACAGAGAUGGCUGAGGGCAAUGGAGACCUGCUGCUAAGCUGUCGCCACCUAGUGGAGGCUUUGAACUAUCACAACAGAGAAUGGAAUAUUGCCUGUAGCAGACACAAGAAAGAUCCAAAAAGAGUCGUCUGGUACAAGGACACCCAGGAGCACCCAGCCUAGCAGUGCGGCUACAGCAGCAUAUCAACACACCUUCAUGCACAUAAAAACACAUUAAAGACGGACAACGAUGAGUCCCCUUCACACACUGCACUCAGGAUGAUGUCUUCAUAUUAAGCCACACUGAGACACUUUGGAAUAACUCUGACAACAGUGGACUUUUUUAAUGCCUUACAGAAAGCCUGCCUUAAUAAUCGCCUCGUUUCUGUUUUAGCUUAUUUGUGUCCAACCGUUCCUUUUAUUUUGAAACCAUCUCCAAGGAGUCUAAGUUUUUUGAAAGCUGCGGUUUUAUCAGACUUUCUGUUCUGUCAGUUGAGCACUUUGUUUCAAACUCUGACCAAUCCCCUGUGCGAGACGUCCUCAGCGGAGCAGUUUUUAUUUCUCCUCGUCGACUCUUAACCAGAAAAAUGUCUUUUAUUAUUGAUUAAAGCGGGGGUCUUCAGUUUACAGAAGAGAGUAGUGAAAAGACCCUGCAGAGUUUAUCACAACAAAUCUUAAUGCUGUUUGUUUUUAUUGGGUCUCAGGUGAAUGUUGUUCAUCAGUCCAUAAGGGACGUCACCGUGUUCCGUUUGUAGAAAUUUGAAUUUAAAAUACACUGGAGGAAUAAAAAAACAGUAUUACCUAAUAAAAUUGAAUAUACUUGA